AUGGCGGCCAAGCGCAGCCUCGCGCGCGUCGCGGGCCUGGACGUCGACGUCCUGAGCCGCCUCGAGGGGCACAACUUCAGGACCGCGGAGGACGUCCUCACGCGGUCGUCGCUCGACCUCGUCGAGCUCCUGGACGUGUCGCUGCCGACCGCCGAGCGCGUCGUCGCGUCCGUCGCGAAGUGCGUCUGCCCCAAGCCGCAGACCGCGAUGGCGCUCCUGAGGCAGCGCGGCGGCGGCGGCGGCGGCGGCGGAACAGCGCGAUCGUCCUCCGGCGCGCGCGCGAGCGCGAGCGGCGACGGCGGCGGCGGCGGCGGCGCGUCGUGGCCCGCGUUCCUUCCCACGCACCUCGCGGCGUUAGAUCUCGCGCUCAAGGGUGGCGUCCCGACCGGGUCGAUAAGCGAGCUCGUCGGCCCCGCGGGCGCGGGGAAGACGCAGUUCUGCCUCACCCUCGCCGUCGCCGCGGCAGCGCCGAAGAGCGUCGGCGGCCUCGACGGCGGCGUCGUCUUCAUCGACACGGAGCAGAAGUUCAGCGGCGUGCGUCUCGCGGAGAUCGCGCGCGCGAAGUUUCCAUCCGUCUACGGCGACGGCGACGGCGACGGCGCGCCGUCCGAGGCGGACGCGCGCGCGUCGCUGACGACGCUCACGUCGCGCGUCCUCGUCCUCACCCCGAGCACGCUAUCGGAGAUUCUGCAGCGGCUCAACGGCCUCGAGGAGGCGCUCAUCGACCACGGCGUGCGGCUCCUCGUCGUGGACUCGAUGGCUGCGCUCGCGCGCGCGGAGUUUGGACGCGGGCAGCUGCAACAACGGCAGGAGCUGCUGGGACAGAUCGCGAGCGUGCUGAAGCAGCAGGCGGAGCGGCUGCAUCUCGCGGUUUUCGUGACGAACCAGGUCACGACGCGGAUCGGCGCCGCGGCGGGGCACGACACGGGUCCCGGGGCUGGGAGGGAGGAGGGGGACGGCGGCGGAAUAGGCGGCGGCGGCGGCGGCGCGGAGAGAGACGCCGGGUCCAGAGACGCCGGGUCCGGGUCCGGGUCAGGGUCCGUGACGGCGGCGUUGGGGACGAAGUGGGCGCACUGCGUGAACACGCGGCUCGUUCUCGAGGGCGCGGCCGGGGGCGGCGACGCGGACGCGGCGGGGGGCGGCACGCGGGUCGUGAAGGUGGUCAAGUCCCCUCGGUGCGCGCUCGCGGGGUUCGAGUACGAGGUGCGCGCGGGGGGCGUCGUCGUCGACGGCGACAGAGCCGUCAGAGUCGACGCGAGCGGGAGCAACGUGCACGCGUCCAUACGAGGCGUGUUCGCGGGGAGCGCGCUGUAG